AUGCAGGCGCUGGAGUCUGCUGAUAUAACAGACCCGAGAGUCCUGCACCGUCUUGCGUUGGAGAACGCAGAGGAGAGGAAGCUGGAUUCCGCGUUAGCUUACGCUAAGCACGCGUUGAAGCUUGGAGCAGAGUCUGAUCUUGAAGUAUGGUUGCUUCUGGCUCGGGUUUUAUCUGCUCAGAAGCGGUUUUCAGACGCCGAGACUAUUGUUGAUGCAGCGCUUAACGAAACGGGGAAGUGGGAACAAGGGAAGCUGUUGCGUUUGAAGGAAAAGUUUCGUGUGGCUAAAGGAGAAGUCAAGGAUGCUAUUGUGACUUACACACAGCUUCUCGCACUCCUUCAAGUUCAAAGCAAAAGCUUGAGUUCUGCAAAGAAGAUGCCAAAGGGAUAUUAUGUAGAGGGAUGUCUCAUCAUUUCAGGGAGAUGUGUGUUGGAGACCAUCUUGCUGAUGGAAGCUAUGAAGAGCGGGAUGAUCCUGAUGGUGGAUUGGAAGAGGCUUAUCAGGUGA